AUGGUGCUCCUCGACCUGCUGACUCUGGGCCUGUGGUCAAAGGUUGGACGCUUAACCCAUUACGCCUUUGACGCCGUUCUCUUCUCGGCUUUCCUCGCUGGAAUGAAGCGCUCGACCGGGUUGACUGUCAAGACGGAGAAGGUCUCCGGAGACAACAAGGAAGUCAACGGGUGGAUUGACAAGUACCUCGGCGUUGGUGAAUGGGUCAUGGAUCAGUCCGUCGCUAUUGCUGGCUCCAGCAGCUUCUUUGAGCGAACUCGAUAA